AAGCAAGCCGCUGACGCAAAUUGCUAAUAGAAUAUAUAUAUAUAUCGUCUAAUUGCCUAAUUGUACUCUCUUCUCGAAUUCUCUACCAAAACAAAACAAAUCCCAGUUCUUGAUUUAUUGUACUAGUUAUAAUCUACCUUUCUUGCUCCUCCUUCUUCUUCAAUGUCUUCCUAUACCAGAUCACACUCAUCUCAGCAGUCCUAUGCCCCCUCUGCUCCAUCCCUGCCCGAGUCUUAUAACCAGCAGGACCACGCUUACAAUAGUUUCCCUCCUCCUCCAAGUGACGACAGGCGGCGGCAGCAGCAUCAGCCGCCGCCUUCUUAUGCGGCAGGAUAUGGCCAGGGUGAGUACUCAUAUGGGUACUCUGGUUUUCCACCGGGAACACAUCCAGACGUGAUUAGGAGCUUUCAGAUGGUGGAUAGGGACAGAAGCGGAUAUAUCGAUGAGAAUGAGUUGCAACAAGCUCUCUCUUCUGGGUACCAGCGGUUCCAUAUUAGGACUAUUAGGCUUCUUAUGUUUCUCUUCAAGAAUCCAUAUGAUCCUCUGCGAAUUGGGCCUAAAGAGUUUGCCGCUUUAUGGAGUUGUCUUGGUCAAUGGCGAGCAAUAUUUGAGAGAUAUGAUAAAGACAGGAGUGGGAAAAUUGAUUUGUUUGAACUGAGGGAUGCUCUUUAUGGCAUUGGUUAUGCAAUCCCACCUUCUGUUCUUAAAGUUCUGAUUUCCAAGUAUGAUGAUGGAAGUGGCAGAAAGAUUGAACUUAACUUUGACAGUUUUGUUGAAUGCGGCAUGAUCCUUAAGGGGUUGACUGAGAAAUUUAAGCAGAAGGAUUCGCGAUAUACUGGCACAGCAACCUUCAAUUAUGACGAAUUCAUGUCCACGGUCAUUCCUUUUCUUGUAUCAUAUGAUUGAUUAUGAAACUUCUCAUGUUAUGAUCUUUGUUUAGCCUUCUCCCUCUGCCCACUCUCUCUUUUUGCAAGACUUGUAAUGGUUCAAUUAUUUGAUUUUUUUUUUCUCGGUGAACAAAUUGUCCAUUGAGUUGAGUUUAUUUGAGAGAAUAUGAAUACUCUAA